AAUAUAGUUACAAAUCCUCCCUCACAUGGGGAGGAAUUAAUCCAUUUCAAGAACUCUGUACAUCUGAGACUCUAGACGACCUUUUUUGGCAAUUUGCGCGGACACAACAUCUAUAUGCUUCUUGAUUCGGAUUAAGUGGCCUGGAAAUAAAAAAUGGAAAAAAGAAAGUCUUCCAUCCUUUUGUGAACUCAACUUUUUACAAUUUCUUCACGGCGAAGUUCUGCAACUCUGUUUCAGAUUAAUGGCCGCUGCCGCGCCCACAGUCGUCCCGUCUUCAUCAACCUCAUCGUCCACGAUUCAGUGGGAUGUAUUCUUAAGUUUUAGAGGAGAAGACACACGGGACAACUUCACAUCUCACCUCUAUGGGGCCCUGGUCAGUAAAGGGAUCAAAACUUUCAAGGAUGAUGAGGGACUAAAAAAAGGAGAGCUGAUCUCUGAAGCGUUGGAAAAGACAAUCAAGAAAUCAAGAAUUUCCAUAAUCAUAUUCUCGAGGAACUAUGCCAAUUCCAGAUGGUGCCUAGAAGAACUGGCCUUGAUUAUGGAACGCUGGAAAAAGAAUGGCCAAAAGGUUAUUCCAAUUUUCCUCAAGGGUAUCGAUCAAUUGGACGUAAAGCACCAGAAAGAGAGUUUUGGAGAGCCUUUUGGAGAGCACGAAAAGAACUUCGACCGAAAGAUGGUGGAAAGAUGGAGGUCAGCCCUGAGAGCAGCUGCUCAACUCCCCGGAUGGAGCUUUAUUGAUUUUAGGUAAAUGUCUCUGCUUCCCCAAUUGGAAAAUUUUCCUGAUAGACCAAUAAUACUAGAGCUUUCUAACUCAGAUUGGGAGUUGCAGGGGAGGGAUUGGGGGUUGGGAGAGGUGGUUACAGGGAAGAGUGACCGGAGAAGAGGGAGGCGGAGGCGGGGCCGGCCCGGGGCCGGGCCCGGGGUUAAUAAUGGAAAAAUAUAGCCUUACUUUUUGAAAGGGUCCCACAUAUUCAUUGAUUGUGGACGGUCUGUCUUUGCUUCUGUUUUUUUUGGAUGAAAUCAACUCUCAAGUCCCAACUCCCAACCGAGUGUAGAAUAAUUGAGUCAGUGGUAGGGAAAGGUAGGACGUGGCCGGGUGGGAGGAGGGUUAAAAAGGUUGGGCGUGGAGUGGGACCUCGAGUACUGUGAGCAUCUUUACCUUCCAUCUCACUUCCAGAGUUCUAUCAAAUUAGUUCCGCAACUUUGGUUGCUUCAGGUUGAUGGCAACCCAUACUGUUAUCCCGUCCUCCUCCUCCGCCUCUGGAUUCAAUUGUGAUGUAGUUUUGAAUUACCAA